GUUUCUCUCGGAGCUUGGCUCCUAAUUCUGUAAAUUAUUUCUGCAGGUGAAGCGGUCAUCCUUCCCCUUUGCCCAGGAUCGUAUGGUUAACCCGACUCUGAUGCGGUUGGAGCGAGCUAUUAUUCCCUUGCCUGCAUCGGAGGAGACCUUUAUCAAAACCUAUAUAAAGUGCCCUACUCUCCCAGCGCUGGAACUUGUGGGAGAAAGUAAAACCAACCCAACUCAACGCAGUUCAUACAUUAUCUGAGCAGGCACCAUGAAGAGCACGACAUUGGCUUUUCUUUUUACCUUGCUUGUGCACUCCGCCAGUGCGCGAGUUGUUGGCUCGCCUUCAGGGUUCGCCGCUGGAACGACUGGAGGUGGAAAGGCCGAAGCUCGAGCUCCAUCUAGUCUUAAAGAACUGAUCUCUUGGAUCACCGACGACAAGCCCCGCACAAUUCUCAUCGACAAGGAGUGGAACUUUAUUGGGACCGAGGGCAAAACAACCGGGAAGUGCUGCAGUACUUCGACCACCACCUGCAAGGGCGGGACUAGUGCUGGACAGGCCUCCAUCCAGGAUACCUGUGGUGAUGGAACUUGGGUUUCUUGCACUUAUGACAAUGCCGCACGCACUCCGCUCAUUGUCGGGUCGAACAAGAGCAUCGUGGGUGUUGGGAACAAGGGAGUGAUUAGGGGUAAGGGUCUGCGUGUAACCAAUGGCCACAGCAAUGUGAUCAUUCAGAACAUCCACUUUACCGGAUUGAACCCAGAAUAUGUCUGGGGUGGCGAUGCAAUCACUCUGGACAACUGUGACAAGAUCUGGAUCGAUCACAACAAGUUUUCCCUGGUUGGACGGCAGUUUAUCGUGAGUGGAUGGGGUCCUGCCGGCCAUGUUACCAUCUCAAACAACGAGUUUGAUGGCGCGACGAAGUGGUCGGCAGGCUGUAAUGGGAAGCAUUAUUGGUCUCUUCUCCUUAUUGGCGAGAAGGACUGGUAUACCUUUGAGGGCAACUAUAUUCAUGAUGUCUCUGGGAGAGCGCCGCAUCUUGGAACCGAGCGUACGAAAAGCAACAUCUUCUUCCACGGGGUGAACAAUUACUUCCGGAAUAUCGGUGGCCAUGCCUUCGAUAUCAAUACGAACACCCGGGUGCUGCUCGAGGGCAAUUAUUUCGACAACGUUAACACGCCGCUCACAGAUGCCACGUUGAAGAGCGGCGCAUUAGUAUACGAUGUACCCACUAUGGAAUCUGCAAAUGCAUGCAACUCUCCGCUGGGGUACAUCUGUGAGUGGAACCGGUUAUCGGCGUCGGGUAAGUGGCCUGCAGUCACGGAUAAAAGGGUAUUGGAUGAGGCCUCUCGAUACAAGAAAGACUUGGUCCGGCAUUAUGGGGUUGCGGAUGUGCCUUCUAAAGUGCUUGCUAACGCUGGCGUGGGGAAGAUAUAA